CUUUACCCAUCAUUUCUUUACUACUCUGUUUCUCUCUCUCUCUCUCUCUCUCCGUUUCAACAUUCUGAGCUUCCUCUGCCAUGGCGGUUACACACAGCAGAAAACUUUUUCCAGUUGCCACUGGAACUACCCAACCAACCACUAAUUGUUCCGCCUGCCCUUACGACUGCCCUUACGACUGUUACGGUUUUCCAGAUCUCUACUUCUCGCCGCCGCCGCCACCGCCUCCUCUUUUCGACCACCAAAAACAGCUUCCAACUAUGAUCAUCGUCCUAAUUCUCUUCGUCGCCUUUUUCAUAGCUUUUACUUUCUACAUCAUCGUCGUAAAAUGUCGAUCUUGGUACUCUGGCUCCGGCAACGAAGGAGCAGAGGCGUUGCAAUCGGACGGCGGAGAAGGAGAGUUUAUGAACGAGAAUCAAGUGGAUCAUCCAAUUUGGUUCAUCACCACCGCUGGACUUCAACAAUCAGUCAUAAAUUCCAUUACGGUUUGCAAGUACAAGAAGAGCGAAGGUUUAAUUGAAGGAACAGAUUGCUCUGUUUGUUUGAGUGAAUUUCAAGAAGACGAAAUGCUUCGGUUGUUACCAAAAUGUAGCCACGCGUUUCAUAUUGGUUGUGUUGAUACUUGGCUAAGAACGCACACCACUUGCCCUCUUUGUCGAGCUCAUAUUCUUACUGAUUUCACCACCUCCAACUCCAACUCCAUCAGGCCACCAAAUUUAGGUCCAUUGAAUCAAAACGAAGGUAAUUUGGGUUUAAAUGAAGAUACCCAGAUGGAGAAUGAGAAUAUUAACGGGGAAGCUGUAAGGGAAAAUGAAGGUGGUGUUGUUUCUAUUUCUAGUGAGAGCUCUGAAAACAGAGGAGAUGUUGUUGAUGAACAAAGAGAAGUUGAGGAGAUAGUUCAAAAAGAAGGGAACUUUGAAUCUGAUGAUUCAAAAGUCGAAGGAAAUGAAAGUACGAGGAACGAUAAUAGAAUGUAUUCUUCUUCAACAACAACAACAACAACAACAUGAUAUCAAAAAGAAAAAGGGAGAGAGAUCAGAGAAGAGGGUGAGUCUUGUAUGAAAUACUCUGUUUCAAAAAAGGGAAAUUGAUUGAUUUUUAGUAGUAGAAAGACAGGGAGUGGCUUAGCUAUGAAUUAGUGGAUUGCUUAAAUAAUCUAUAAGUAAUCAAUCUUUUGA